AUGCACGUUUCCACCGUCCGUGCAGCGCAGCGCAGCGCAGCGCAGCCCAGCCAGCGGUCGAAUGAGCGCCGAGUCGAGGCUUCUCCAGAUACGCAGCGCUUUAGGGGUCCUUGCUGGUGGUCCACCUGGGCAACAGGGCCUCAUCCGCUUCCAUCACCUCACCGUCCCUCACUCCUCCACAACUGCUCCUCGUGCGACACGGCUGCUGUAGAUACGGCGAUAGAAUCGAGCACACGCCCCCCAGCUCUGGCAUCCACUAGCUGCAGCCUCGACCCUCGAACCUCGAACGCGGGGCCCAUUUGCCACACUAGAUCUCUCGGAGCCGCUGGUCGUCUCUGCGUCUCUUUCGCAAUGCUCUCCUCGCUCGCGGAUGGCGCACGACGCGCCAUGAACUCGACCGUCCACGUCGACUGGUCGCUGUACGGUGGAGCCGAGCGGACCUCGCCACCCACGCCUGCGCCGCGUCCGCCUCUACGCUCGCACGUCUCGAGCACCUCGUCGUCUUCCACGUCGUCGGCACGCAACUCGCGCUCGUCGUCGCCGCAGUUCUCGCACACCGCCGACUCGUCCACCUCGUUCACCAGCGACGACGACGAUGUCUCGCCCCAGAGUGGCACGCCUAAGCACGAGCUCGACGAUGCGCCGCUGCCCGACGUCUCGCGCGCACAACACACCAUCCUGCCGCCCGGAUCGCAGUCGGCUGGCGUCACAGCUACCGACGGCAAAGCGUGGCUGCCCCGCAUCGCAUCCACGCCCGAGCAGGACUUUCUCUGGAUGCACACCGAGGAGCCGCACCGCUCGCGUCGCAUGGCCAUCCUCAAGGCGCAUCCCGAGGUGCGAAGGCUCAUGGGCUACGAGCCGCUCACCAAGUACGUCUCGCUCGCCGUGCUGCUGCUCCAACUCGGCCUGGCGGUGUAUCUGUCCAAGUACACGUCGCUGCAUCCGUUUUCGUGGCAGUUUCUGCUCCUCGCGUAUGCCGUGGGCGGUACGGCGAACCAGAACACGUUCCUGGCCAUCCACGAGAUCACGCACAACCUUGCCUUCCGCGGCCUGCGCGCCAACCGACUCUGGGCGAUCCUUGUCAACGGUGCGAUUGGCGUGCCGUAUGCAAUGGCGUUCAAGCCGUACCACCUCGAGCACCACAAGUACCUCGGUGAGGACGGCACGGAUACGGACCUGCCCACCAAGCUCGAGAGUGUGGUGUUGCGCAACGUGCUCGGUAAGGCGUUCUUUGCCACGUUCCAGAUCUUCUUUUACGCGCUGCGACCCGGGUUCGUUCGGGCGCAACGACCGACGAUCUGGCAUGCGCUCAACAUGGCCUUUAUCGCCGUGCUGAAUGUUGCACUGGUGCGCUAUGCCGGAUGGACCGCGCUGGUCUAUCUGCUGCAGAGCAGCUUCUUUGCCGGCAGUCUGCAUCCGUGCGCCGCGCAUUUCAUUGCCGAACACUACAUGUUUGGCGGGAUCCAGCAGGAGACCUGGUCGUACUAUGGACCGCUCAACGUGCUGGCGUACAAUGUGGGCUAUCACAACGAGCACCACGACUUUCCCAGUGUGCCGUGGACGCGGUUGCCACAGCUGAGCAAGAUGGCACCCGAGUUUUACGAUGUGCUGCCGCGCCAUACCAGCUGGCCCAUGGUGACGGUGCGUUUCAUCUUGGGCACCGACUCGGGGCUUUGGGCAAGGAUCAAGAGGCCCAACCGAGACGCUAUCCGAUCGCACGCCAAGACACAGUAG